AUGCCGUUCCAGUUGCCGGGCUGGGUGGCUGGCCAGCUGGCCCUGUCAAUGCUGCUGAUGUGGGGUGGUGGACCAAUUGGAGAGAUUGGCUGUCAUUCACAGAUGAGUCAGUGGGAUUUUUGGGGUGCGCUCAAGCUACCAGCGUGGGAGGUGCAUAACACCCUGGAACUUCCCGCUGAUGCAAGCGGCCAGAAGCCCAGAAGUGCCUUGAAUGUCAUCACCGGCGGUCCGCCAGAACAGCUGCCAGGCGCCACAAGCACGGGCCAGAGCCUCAUCGACCACGACCUCCUCGACAAGGUCUCCUUUACUGGCAGCGGCAUGGCCGGGCAACGGAUGUUGGAGGCGUCGGCUCCCAAGCUUCGGCCCACAAGCCUCGAGUUGGGCGGGAAGUCCGCCUUUGUCAUCUUCGAGGAUGCCGUGGACUACCUGGACGCAGUGGUUGACUGGGUCAUGGUGGGCAUCUUCCAGUGCUCUGGGCAGGUCUGUUCAGCCACAAGCCGCGUCCUCAUCCACGAGAGCUUGGAGCAGGAGUUCGUCACCCGCCUUCUGGCCGCGAUGAGGGGCAUCAAAGUUGGGCAUCCGCUCGCCUCGGACACCGUGAUGGGCCCGGUCGUCUCCGAGGGGCAGAUGCAAAAGGUGCAGGGCAUGAUCGAUCAGGCCAAGGCCGAUGGGACGAAGGUGCACUCCCUGGACAUGCAGAUCCCUGCAGACCUUGCGCAAGGCUACUACGUGUCACCCACCGUCCUCUCCGACCUGCCACUGGAGUCGGCCGCCUGGAAGCAGGAGAUCUUUGGCCCAGUCUUGGCCAUAAGGUCCUUCCGCUCAGAGGAGGAGGCCGUGCAGCUGGCGAACGACACCCCGUACGGCCUCGCAAAUGCAGUGUACUCUGCGGACGCUGAGAGACUUGGGCGAGUGGCCUCGCAGCUGAAAUCUGGCAUCGUUUGGGAGAACUGCUCGCAGGUCCUUUUCCCAUCGACUCCUUUUGGCGGCAAGAAGGGAAAAGCCAGCGGCUUCGGCUUCGAGCAGGGCUUGCCUGGCCUCAAGGAGUUCUUGGCAGAAAAGACGGUCGUCGGCACCAGCAGGCCCAGCUACAACUGGCAGAUCUACAAGAAGGAGGCUGCUGGCUUCGGCCAGCCGGCGAUCGAGGACCACGACGGUUACGCGAUCCUGCCGAACCACGACAAGUUUCACUUGGCACGGCCCGACGGCGCGGCCAAGGCGAUCCAGGAGGUGCAGUACCAGGACUUGUUCCCGAACUACCAGGACGACGACAAUUUCUUCGGCAUGGCCUCUUCGGCUUCUCCCGGUUCGGGAAUUCCGCUACAUGAGUAUCGUCGAGAUGUUCCACCUGGUUGGGGGCCCAAUAUCCCCGACUACCCGUUGAAGACUUACUUCGACAGAUUGAAGAUGUGGUACAGGCUGUAUGAUGGGCCAGAUGAGACCGUGGGCCCUCUGGUUGCCGGCCGUCUGGUCGGCCGCGCUCAGAAGCUAGCGCUUCAGUUGAGGUUGCCGAGACCUGAUGGACAAGUUGACGUGGGCUCCGAUGCGCUGGUGAGGCUGUCGGUGGAAGAAGUACGAGACCCCAGCAAUCCAAGCGUCAUAUUGCAACAGUCGAUCAUCAGUGGCAUCCAGGCCCUUUGCAACAAGCUCCGAGAGACCUUCGGCAACACGGAGCAAGAGUUGGCGAGUCGAUCGCUGGAGGCAUUCUUCGAGAUUCGCCGAGGCAAGAUGACGCUGCAAGAGUAUGCAGUGGAGUUCGACUCCCGUUUGGAGGAGGCAAAUGACAAAGCCGGCCUGGAGAUGAACGCGGUGGCUUUGUUCUACCUCUUCUUUAAGAACAGUGGCUUGCCGGCGAAGCUGAUCGAGGACAUCAAGCUGCAAUGCCAUGGAGACCUUCGGAGAUACCAGGAUGCUCGCAACUUGGCUCUUCGUUUGAACAACCGUAGCGAGAGUGGCGAAGGCUACUACCAGGACGAUGGUUCCCCUUCCUCUGCUGCGAGAAGAAGCCAGGAGUUCACCGAAGAUGGUUGGUGGACGAGCGACGUCUGGAGCGCUGCUGGUGACUUCUACCAGGGCGACGAGUUCGAGGAUGCAUGGUCUUCAUGGUACGGCGACGAGGAGUACUACGAUGCCUAUGACGAGCGCGAGGACAGCUGGCAUGAAGAUGACUGGCUCGGGCCGGAAGAUGAACCUCUACCAGUUGGUGAAGAUGACGACCAAGGCAGCUAUCCGGUCAAAGGCGGCAAGAAGGGCAACGCGAUGGGUGUUGGAUGUUCCGUGUGCGGAUCAAAGUGGCACCAUGCUUCUGCGUGCCCGGUGAACACCUCCAAGGGCCGUCCGGGCGCCUGGGGCUCUGACCGUCCGAAAGGAAAAGGCUAUGGCGGCGGCAAGCCGUCGUACAAGGGCCGUCCAAAAGGCUACAGCGGAAGCAAGGGCGGCGGCAAACGCUAUGGCUUCCGUGACUUCCAGGACUACGUCAAGGGCAAGAAAGCAGGCAAAGGCCGUGGCAAAGGACGGAGAUAUUAUUCAGAGUACCCGGAGGAGAACUACUUCCAGCAGCAGAAGACCUUGGUGAGCCAUUUCGGAACAGACUUCUUCUCGCCAGGCAUUCAGAGAACUCCUCCACGACCGCAGCAGUUCGACCUGACGCAGAACGACGAGCUCACGGAGGAGUUCUUCACGAAGAAGAAGGUGCAGUUCGACGAGACCGCGGAGGAGCAACAACUUUCUCCAGAUGAAGGAACAGAUGCCCCUAAGACCGAGCCGGUGGUCAAGAAUCUUCACUUCCCUGUGUCGCUCUACGCCGAGAGAGAGUGCUUCCACAUGAUCGGUGGUGAAAAGAGGCGUGGUCUCCUAGUGGACCCAGGGGCCAGCAACGGGCUCAUCGGCUCCGAGACGCUGCGGGACAUGAUGGAGCACUGCUUGGAAGGGCCAGGGCACGAAGCAGUGAAGUGGACGUCAAAGACCACGAGUGUGUCAGGCAUCUCCGGAGGCAAGGACACAACCUUGGGGGAAAUCACUCUCCCCGUCUGCUUCGGGCCCGGCAAGGGCACAUACACUGCAGAUGUGCUAGGCGGCGAGGGCUCCCUCUGCCCAGCAUUGUUGUCGAACCCUGCUCUGAGACAGAUGAGCUCCGUGAUCUUCACCAACUUCUUCGAGAACGGUGACGGCCUUAUGGCGUGCCACACGGAUGGCGUCAAGGUGAAGGGUGCCCCACGGAAUUGGAUCACUUUUCGGCUCCUGCUCACAGAUUCAGGCCAUUAUCUCUUAGCAGUGGACAAGGAUGCCCAGUCUCCAUCCAAGGAGGCGGACAGGAAGGCAGUGAGCUUCUUGCAGUCGGCCGUUUCUUCGGCUGGAGAAAAAUGGCAUGAUGUGCGGCAUUGCUUCUUUGGUAUGAACGGCGCACGCGAGACUGAGCAUGAGCGGAGUGAAGCAUAUGCGUCAAAUCACCAGGUUCAUCGUGAUCGCUCAGAACCUUCAAAUCACCGUGUCCCUCGUGAUCCACCAGAACCUCUAGGCCAUUGUGUACCACGAGAGCAAUGCAAGUCCCCAGGAGUACCAGAAACAAAGAUCAGCGAUCCAGGCGAAGAUUGUCGUGACCCCCUCAGACCAGUCAAAGGCAUCUACCUGUUGGCCAAAGAUGAUCCUCUACGGCAAGACAGUCCCACGGACGAAUGGACUCUCUUUGGCGACGAGUUGACGCGACACCACAAGGUGCCAAGAAGGACGCUGUUUACCCCGGCGUGCGUGCAAGAUUGUCCUGUUUCUCCAGAGCUGUUGUCCGACAAGAGAGUUUGCGUGGUGCACAGAGCAGGCACCAAGAAAGUUUGGCGUGACAAUUGGCGAUCUGUUCAGCAUCCGCACAAGGACAUUGAUGAGUUGUGGACAGGCGAGACAAAGUUCUGGUUAAAGAAGGACGAGAACAAGGACAAUGACGGCGAGGCCACCGACGACGCUUCCAGGUCUUUCAUGGAGAAGGACUUUGACGUGUACACCGGUGACGUUUUUCCUGAGCACUGGAAUGAUGGUGAAAAGAAGCGCUAUUCAAAGCGAUAUGCCGCCAUGAAAGAGGAGUACUACACGAAAACAGGCAGAAAGCCGAUCACUCCGGGCAAUUUCAAGAAAUGGUUCGCUCGCUCCAAGGGACAGGGCCUUCGUUGGCACUUCCAAGAACUGUGUUCUGGCAGCGGCCGCCUAAGUUGGGUGGCAGUUCUGUCUGGCCUGCUGGUUGGCUUCCCGGUGGACUAUCGCUAUGGAUGGGACAUGAGUUUGCCAGAGCACCAGCAGAUGAUUGGGCAAGCGCGAGCAGAAUUUCUUCCGAUGUACCUGCAUGCCUCGCCAACAUGCGCGCCUUGGUCGGUGUCGUCGGCAUCCAAAGACCCUCAGGCGCGGAAACUGGAACGUCAACAAGAGGAACCCGCGCUGCAGUUCAUCCGAGAACAAUGCGAACGCCAGGUCAUGGCUGAUCUGGGUUUCGGUGUCGAGCAGCCAAUAUCCACUGCAAUGUUCAAGGACAAGGAUAGCCCUCUACGAGACCUAGAACGUGCAGUCGGUGUGCGGAAAAGACAACAGGUGGACCAAUGUGCUCAUGGAUGCUGUGAUGAGAAUGGCAUUCCUGUGAAGAAGUCCACCGUCAUCGUCGGCACGGUCAAGAUGAACAAUACCGCGAAGAGAUGCAAUGGACACAAGGGGCAAGCGCACGCAGUUCUGCAAGGGCAGUACAAGGGGGUGGACAGAACUUCGCGGGCAGCGGUCUUUCCAAUGAGGAUGUGCCGAGCCAUCGUGGAUGAUGUCUGGCGCUUCGUGCGAGCUGCAGGAUGUCAAUUUCGACAGUGGCCCGCGAGUUUGGUCUUGACUUCAUUGACGUUCUAUGAGUGCGAGCGUUGCCAGUUCGGCAGGGGCGCGCUGCCGUGGAUGGAGCACACACUCAUUCCAGGUCAGUGCAGAUAUGGCCGUCGUCCUCCAGGAGAACGGCGAGAACCUCUUGUUCAACAGGAUCCCCUGUCCAAGUUCAAGAAGCAGGCCCGGGAAAAGGACAUGUCAGAUGUGGCUUUGGCGCUACCAGUUGACAUCACCCUGGACGUGCCGGCAACGCUGUACUUGAAGUUCUCCCUUUUCCGAUUGGUGCAGGACUGCCUGGCUUUGUUCUCAGAAGCAAUGGAUAGAGGAGUGGACUACAUCCACUGGGUGACAGACCCGAUCCUGAAAGCCAUGUUCAAGAACAUCUUCCGGAACGAGAUGAGACUGGCCGCUCUUGCUUGCUCUCUGCGGCCGUGGCACAUGUUGACCCCAGAGGCGCGCAUAACGAUGAAGGCAGCGCCGCUUCGGCUCCAAAUUUGGGGAAACGUGAAGGAUUGGAAGGUGUUCGAGUUGGAAGACCUGCGAGAAAUGUCGCACUCGCAACAACGUCAGCCUAUCGAUGAGGCAGAUUGGGUCAUCACUCUGUUCGGGGCGGCUAAGGACGAGCCAGAACCGUCGUCAUCCUCUGCAGCUGCCGGCCCGGAGCAGGUGGCGCCGGCUACUCCUUCCAAGGCUGGCCACAGACCAGGUGCUCCUCCUCCGGAUCGGGAUCUUCCUGCUCCAGCAUCAAAAGAUCGUGUGCCUGAAGACUCAGAAGAGAUUGAAGUGGAAGAUGAAACUUUUGAAAGUUCCCCGGAGAGGCCCAUCACUCCUCUCUACUCCUUUCGGAAGGUCUUCCAGCGGCUGCUUCGGACCGCGGAGUCAGAACCGACGACCGCGAAGAGGUUGCUGUUAGGGCUGCAUGAGCGAUUUUAUCAUGCGCCCGUGGGCGAUCUUCGAAACUUGUUGGCUCGCUGUGGAAUGCCGGCGGCAGUGCUGAAUCUGACAAGUGAAGCAGUGAAGCACUGCUCUGUGUGCAGGAAAUUCGUUCGUCUUCCGAACAGACCUCAGGUGAAGAUUGGCAAUGCCACCACGUUCAAUGAACGAGUCCAGAUGGAUUUCUUCCAGUAUGCUGGUCAAUGGGUUUGUCUCCUUGUCGAUGAGGCCACUCGGUACAAGAUCGCGUACAAGAUCGCGGACCGAAGCUGGAAGGAGAUAUCACGGAUGCUGCUAACCACAUGGAUGAUGUAUUUCGGGCCGCCUGCGAAGCUGAUUGCAGAUCAGGAAAGCUCGGUGAUGUCGCACGAGGCAAGCGCAGACAUGGAGCGCUUCAGCAUCAUCCGUUGUCCUAAGGGAACGACAAGUGGCGCAGCAGGAAAACAGCACACAGGGACUGGUUUGGUGGAGCGCCAUGUGGCUCUCACGGAGAUCACCAUGAGGAAGCUGGCGUGUGAACUCAAUCGUCAAGGCCUACACGCAGAGGUGGACGAGCUGGCUCGUGAAAGUGCCAUGGCUCAGAACUUAACGCUCAACUUCGGAGGUGCGACUCCUGCAAUGGCAGUGUUUGGGGUGCUCCCUCGUCCUUUCUAUGACUUUGCGUCCGACUCCGUCAUGGGCGAAGCAGGAGCACUGCAAACCGACAUCUCGCAGUUUGAAAGAGCGCUUCGAGUACGUCAAACAGCUAUGGCAAGCAUUCAGCAAGCCAUCUCCGAAGAUCGUGUUGCCCGCGCAAACAGGACGCGCACACACCAGCUGGAUCUGAGCACCCUCACGCCAGGCACGACACAAGUCGAUUUGUUUCGAGAAGUUCAAGGCGAUGUGGGCUGGCGUGGUCCGGCGGAGUUGCUAAAGAUCGACGCCUCGGAGGGCACAGCAAUCGUUGAGUAUCAAGGCAAGCCUUACCUCGUGAGUCUUCGACAUCUUCGCCCUCAUGUGGCGACAAGCUUCGCUGUCUUCCCCUCGGAGGUGCAAGAGGCGAUCACUGAGCUCCGCCGAAUCACAGAAGAACACCGGCCAUACAAGGUGUCAACCGUUGGCUGGGUCAUGGACAGAAGUCCCACAUCUACGGCUUGGCGACGAGCGUCCUCAGUGUUUCCGCAGUACGAUGACAUCAUGGACAAGGCCCGGACGAUUGCCAGCCACUUCAACACUCGACCCUUUGGAGGCGUUGCUUUUGGUCAGGGCAUUCGACAUUAUCGACCACCUCCUCACAGCAUUGGUGUGCUUCUCCUCUGGUCCCUGGGCGCAGAGCAGUAUGCGUCUCAGGAACACUGGUCUUCUGCAAACAUCAAGCUGAAGAGCUUGGCGCCAAUUCCAGAGGAUGACCUGUGCUUUCUGUACUUCUUCUUCUACCAGCACUACGACGAGAUCCCUGCAGAAAGGUCCAAGCCCUUGGCCACGAUUCAGGACAGCGUGAUGAGUCCCGAGCCUGUAGAGCUGGACACUGCAGAACCUAUGGAGUUGGAGGAAGUGGCCUUGGACGUCAAAAGGAAGGGUCCCGAGUCGCGGACCGUGGUGCUUGGCCCUGAGGACAAGCGACAGCGUACUUGCUUGUUGGUGGAAAACAUCGUGGCAAAACAUGACUCACGUCAAGAGCACUAUUUGUCACAACUGCAGUGGCUCACGAAUCGAGGUCGACGCAUGAAGCUGGAUUACCAAUAUCAGCUGGACACAAUGUGUAACGCUCCUAUGUUGUCGCUGCUGGACAAUCACAUGAUGAGGUGCUCGAAGACGAGUCUGCUGAGUGCGAGUGUGGAUCCGUUACCGCCUGCGGUACGCUGGCCUGCCAAGAGCUACUCCGACUUCUACAUAGAUCUCGCUGAUGGCGGUGCUUUCAAGGUCGACACUGAGACUGACAUCAUCGGCGAGAACGAUGUCUACGACAUAUGGGGCCAAGUCGAAGAAGCGGAUCACAAUGAGCUGAUGCAGUUCAUCGAGACCAAAAGCUUCCGCAAGGUUCGACUAGACACAAUAUCCAGCGACACCGUGAUCAUUGAUGCCACGUGGGUCAGGAAGUGGAAACGCAAGGGCGAGAAGCUGGUUGUGAAAAGCCGGCUGUGUGCCAGGGGCUGCUUCGACCCACAUAAAGAGCACUUGACCACGAGAUCUACCACCGCGACGAGACUUUCUCAGCGCCUGAUACUGUCGGUGGCAGCAGUGAACGACUUCGAAUGCGAGUCAUGGGACAUCAGUGGUGCUUUCUUGAAAGGCUUCACCUUUGCCAAGGUUCGUGAGCUUCUACGAGCGCGAGGUAUUGCUGCUCCGGUGCGGAAGGUGGUGGUGAUUCCUCCGCCAAAUGUAUGGCGGCACUUGGCGAUGGCAGACAAGAGCUUCGAGACUCAUGGAAACCACAUGAUGUAUGGUCUUGAGUGCGAUAAGCCCGUGUACGGCCUGAACGAUGCGCCGCUAGCCUGGCAGCUUUGUCUACAUGAGUUCUUGAAGAAGCUUGGCGGUUUCCCUUCGGCCAUGGACGAGAACUUGUUCAUUUGGAAAACACCGCCGCCAAAGCCACGCAUCAAGGCCCUGGCGUCUACACACGUGGAUGAUCUGUCCACGGCUUCGAAGCAACCGUGGCUCAAUGAACAGUACGAGAAGGUGAAGGCCGAGUUUGGUGGUGUGACCCGUCAAGUCAUGCCUUUCGACCACUGUGGCUGUCGCUACGAGAAAACCAAUGAGGGAUACAAGAUGCACCAAAGACACUUUGCUGAGAAGCUGGUGGAGGCACCGAUUGCGAAUGGCAGAAAGGACUCGGACGACCUCUCCUCUGCGGAACUGACCUCUUUCAGAUCGGUGCUGGGCGGCUUGCUGUGGCUCACGGCCACGAGGCUGGACUUGAUUGCCGAUGUGUCGCUCCUGCAGUCAAAGGUCACCAAAGCGAAAGUGGAACACUUGCGGAUGGCAAACCGUGUGGUGUUGAAGGCGCGACAUCCAGAAUCCCUAGACCUCGGGCUACACUACCGCAAGCUGAAUGGCAAGCUGCGACUGCUGUGCAUCCACGAUGCUAGCUCUGCCAACAAUGACCGGAACUACGCGCAAGAGGGCAUCUUGGUGUUGCUCUGCGAAGAUGGCUUCCACGUCAACGAUAAGGACUUCAAGCUUGAGGCCAGUGAUGUUCUGGUGCAGCAGCUUGGUGGCAAGGCCCACGUACUUUGGUCCCAUGGUGCAAAGGCCAAAAGGGUGUCAUAUAGCACCUCUCAUGCUGAGACCCUGGCCGCCGUUGGUGGACUAGAGUCCGUGUCCUUGGUGGCUGUGCGGCUGGCCGAGAUCAUGUACACGGUCGGCCAACCUUCUUUAAAGACUCUGAUCGAGAUCCAGGAGUACGGCAACGAAGACCUCCCUGUGGACUGCAUGACGGAUUGCCGCGACUUCUUUGAGCUUUCCACGGGCGAUCGCACGCUCCCGCAGGACAAGGGUCAACGUCUCUAUGUGCUUGCUCACAAGGAAGCACGUCUGUGCGGACGCAUCAGGUGGAUGAUACUGGUUCCGACACAGAGCAUGACGGCGGACGCUCUCACGAAGCCAAUGCUGGCGCCUCCCAUGAUGUUCCUCUUGUCCAGCGGCAUGGUCCUAUUUCGCAACGAGCCGAAUCAUCCUCUGCUUCUACGGCGUCUACCAAAGCUGAAGGACUUCGACGAGGACACGAUUCUGAAACCGGACGACGAGCUGAUCAACGGCUUCCUGGCGAUGAUGUUCCUGGCGACAACGAAGGUGCGAAAACCAUUCCUCAUGGCAGCAGUGCUGGCUUCCAACGUGGUUUCUACAACGGCUUCGACGACGUCUACCUCUACGAGUUCCACAAACAACGAGAACGACAUGGACUACAUGGACUACACGGACUACAUCGUGUUCUGGCUCAUGGCAGUUCUCGUCAUCGUUGCCACGGAGCGAUUUCUAUGCCGUGGACUAUGGAGGCUCUGUGGUGGCUUUGUGGCUUGGUGGAGCGCGAGCUCUACAACCCGAUGGUCGACUUCCUCUACGACAAGAACUGAUGCAGCUACCGAAACGGAGAUGAAAGGCUCAGAUGUUCGACAGCUACGCGGUGCUCUCGAGCGCUGUGAUGGAUUGGAACGUGCACUGAAUCGGCGAGAUCGCGAAUUGAGCGACCUACGGCUGCGACUUCAUGCACGACCUCGACAUGAUGAUGAUGUGCUGAAGAAUGAGAAUGAUCGACUUCGUCGAGUGAUCAUCGAGCGCAAUCAACUGUUGGGUCAGAAAGAUCGUCAACUGAUGGGCUUACAAGAGCGCAUGUUCAAUCAUGCCCAAAGGUGCCCAGCAAACAAGCCUGUUUUCAUGGCACAGUACUCACGCUGUUGGCAUGCCUGUGAAGAUUGUGGACAGUUCAAGUCCAACUCGAACGUGCGUGAAGUCAAGCCAUGCAAUGACUGCACAUUUUGUGACACAAAGGCCGAGGUCACCAAAUCUGAGGCCCCCAGCACCCAGGAGCCCGCCGAUGCAGCCAGUGCGGCCGACAAAGAGGGCGAGCCCGUGGACGGCAAGGGCAAAGGCAAAGGGAAGGAGAAGAAGAAAACCUCUUUCUGGAUCUCCUGGGACUCCCUGGAGAGGCGAAUUGAAAAAGGCCGAUGGGUGGCGAUCAGCUGCUCCAAGGAUCACUCUGCCAAGAUCUGGGAACUCCAUAGUCACGAAUGCCGCGGUACGCUAGCAGGUCUGCAUGAAGGAGCUGUGCGCUGUGCAGUCAUAGACUGGAAGGAGCUCAUGGGGAUCACUGGUGCGGAUGACGGCACCAUGGUCCUCUGGAACUUAGACCGGUACGAGUGCAAGGAGCAGUGGCUCUCUGGAAAGUUCGGCCAGCAAAUCUGCAUAGCCGCAGACUGGGAGAGCCAGCGUGCUGUCAGCGGCACAGCGCAGGGAAAGCUCCUACUUUGGGACACCAAGAAGCUCGCGCUCAUCAGCGCAGUGGACGCACACCCAGGAGCCCGCAUCUACAAAGUCUUCAUAGACGUGGUCAUCGGUUUUGCGGUGACUGCUGCCGAAGACGGCAGAGUGCGAGUCUGGGACGUCACGGUGCCCGAGCUGACCUGCGUAGGUACCUACGACAAGCAUGGCGACAGCAUCUCUGCUUUGGCCGUGGACUUCAACAAGAAUCGCGUCCUGAGCGGAGCCGCCGACGGAUCCCUGCACUUCUGGCACCUGAAAACGCGCGCCUCCAUUGCCAAGCUGGAAGGGCACGAGGACAAGAUCAACGCCCUGGCACUGGACGUGAAGAAGGGCUUAGCCGUCAGCGCUUCUGAUGACGAGACAGCCCGUGUGUGGGAUGUGCGCGACAACAUUUGCUUGGGUGUGCUCCAGGGCCACACCCUGGCCGUGAGGGACGUCGUGGCGGACUUUGAGCAGCAGAUGGGCAUCACGUGCUCUGACGACACCACUCUCCGCAUUUGGGACUUGGUGAGCAGCGAGUGUCUGGCUGUGCUCGAGGGCCACUCUAGCCGCGUCACACAUCUCCGCGUAAACUGGAAGAAGCAGCUUGCGCUCAGCGGUUCCGAUGACUACACUCUGAAACUGUGGGACCUCGAGAAGCAGUGGUGCGAGGAGACGAUGUACGGGCACUCCGGCCCGAUCACCAUGCUCUGCUGA